UGACGGGGGUGGUGCAAUAAAAUGGAUGGGAAAUGGAGACAUUUCUUUUUUUUGCCCUUCUUUAAUUUUUCGGAUUUUUUUUGGUUCUGGUUAGAGGGUGUGUUGGAACGGCCAGAGCAGAGCAAAGAGAGAGAAAGAAAUCCCAUAUCCGACUUGAGCAACUUUCCAUAUCGCAGCAGCAACAACAAAACCAAACAUGCUUCAGUCGUUGCUUUCGAGAGCGCAAACAAGACGUGGUGGUGCUGCUCCCGUUCAUCAGCUUCAUGUCAAGAACUUUACGGAAUCUCUCCUCGCCCUGCGCAUUUUCUUCGAGAGGGAAACAUUCGCGCCUCUCGCUUCCGCACUUCAUCGUCAUCCACCCUGCGGAAUAUUCGCCCUACGUCUCAUCUCACUCAACCGGUCACUCAUAAUCACCCGCGGUGUAUCGUCCGGAAACGUUGACGGUGGGGGAUACAAGACUGUUUCUCGGUUGACUACUGCCGCUGCCGCUGCUGCACCUCACGCCCAUCAAUAUUUAAGAUCAAUAUCGUCACGAUUCCAAGAAGAAAAAAAAGAGACGAAACGAAACGAGACGAGACAAAGACCGAAGCGAACGGGCUGUGCGUUCCCACGUCUACGGGCCGGGCCACCCAGCAGCGGUGUGCGUGAGAAGAAGCAGAACCGAGAAGCAGUGACGCGAAUCGGUCUUCCCGAAAAAUCCAAAAUUCGAUCUUGCACAUUUCAUGCGACGGCAAGACGACAUCACGAGAUCAGGUGGACACGCAUCGACCAAGAGGGAAGCUACGGCAGCAGCAGCAGCAGCAGCGAUUGCAGGUGGGAGGACGCAGAUCUGGGGGGGCGGGUACGGCGUCUGCGGGGACAGAGUUUGGUGGGUGCAAAGGGAAGGCGAAAGUCGAGAAGCUCCGACGGUAGCAACGGUCGCAGCAGCGGCAUCAGCAUCAACGUCAACAUCGGCAGUCGUUGAGUUCGGCGGUACGGACGCGGACGGCGACGGGGAUAAGGACGUGGACGAGUAACGAUAGCCACCCUUCACGCACUCUUUCUCAUUCUCUCGGUUUGGAGACAAAGAGGCAGGCAGUUUAGUUUCUGUUUGGGACUUCUAGAAGCCGGUUUUUAGAGACGUGAUCGAGCUGCUUCUUUUGGUUCUACAUAAGAAUUUUUUUGUUUUGGUUUCUGCUCUGCCCCAGGGGA